UUAUCUUUUAACUAUGAGCAUUUAUCAUCAGUUGGCCCAGGCGUUUGCUUUCAUGGGACUACGUUACUUUUAAGUUAAUAAAAUUAUAGGCUAAGGAAAUAUGUCGUUGGAUUCGGAAGAACUUGGAAGUCUCUUUGCCGUGAUUGGCGAUGAGGACACUUGUGUCGGUUUUUUGCUCGGUGGCAUUGGUGAAGUCAACGAAGAUCGUGAAGCUAAUUUUAUGGUUGUGGAGAAGGACACUACUCCCGACCAGAUUGAGGCAUGUUUCAAGAAAUUCCUGAACCGACCUGACAUCGCUAUUAUCCUGAUCAACCAAGUGUACGCGGACAUGAUUCGCCCCACUGUCGAUGCUCACAACCUGGAGAUUCCCACUGUGCUGGAGAUUCCCUCGAAGCAGUACCAAUACGAUGCCGCCAAGGACUCCAUUCUGAAGCGGGCUCAAAGCGUUUUCAACCCGCCCGAGAGGCGCUACUAGCGCCUCAACUUUGGCAAUCAGUUUCGGGAUCGAACGGAGAGUUUAAUGAAAGAUUUGCAUAGUUCUUCAAUGCAUGCCGAAUGCCAAUACCAGUGCUACAAAGUCGUUUGAAUUGUUGCUUAAAAAAAAAACAUGCACAGAUAUUUUCACACAGAAAUGAUGGGGGAAAAUAAAGCUUAUACGUAAAUCAGGCAACUUUUCAGCUUUUGCGUUUUAAGGAAAUUGCCAAAAAACUGCAGCAGCAACAAUCUGAAAAGAGGAAAACAACAAAAAUGCGUUGCGCUUGCAACAAAAUUGAAAACAGCAACCACACAAAACAAAUACAAAAGAAAGAAAAGCUAUAACAAAAGUAACAACAAAGUGAACGAAAACGAUACAAAUAAGCGCUGAAAUGCCAAUACAUGGCAAAAAUGCAAGAAGAAAGCCGAAUAAAACCAAAUAAAACAAAACAGCGAACCAAAAAAGGCACAACAGAAACCUAACAAAAUAAAAACUCUUAAAAAGACAGCACAUUUACGUUGUCUGGAUGGCUCUGGACCGACUUGCAGAGAAAGUCGGGGAAAGGCGACUUCUUACGGGCUGCUUAGCGCAACAAAAGCAUGCGAAAACAAUAUUCGAGCAAAGUAUUUUGCGCCAACUUUUCGCACCAAGAAGUUGGCGCCGAGAAUGCAUUCAGAAACUUCUGUUCGAGUGACAAGUUUGCUGGAACCGAACCACCCAGAAAUAGAGGAGGACGUAGCCCUGGUGGCUCUGCAAAAGCGCAGCCUAAAAGCAGGCAGCCCUCCAGACCUCCAGCCUUCCAAAGGCCGCCCGAAGCUUAGCUAUAAAAUUCUUAAGAUUUUGGUAGAAGUCGACUAGCAAAUGCGUUUAGAGACAGUUGGUACAAAGUA